GGUAUUGUGUCCAACUAAACCUAAAAAUAUUUAAAAAAAUAAAAAUAAAAAAGAUUGUGAGCCCCCUCCCUCUGCCUGUGGUGAGCCCGCACUGCGCCCCUGCCACUUGGGCUCCAUUGUAUUCUUUUUUGUUCAUUGUACCCGAAUUUCCAAGUCCCUCAGCCACUCUGCAGGUCUGAUAUUAAAAUUUAGUGAAGUCCCCUUUUCACCCACCUUGCUGAGAAGCCACACCCUGCCGUUUGGCUCCACCCGUGGUGCAGCCGGGAUGCUGCUUCCUGCCCCACCGUGUCGCCCUCUUCACCACGCGGCUCCCUGGUUGCACACAGAGGCUGGGGUUGAGUCUGGGGUGUGACUUCUCCAGGCCCCAGAGCCAGCCCCGUAGUCCCCGGGACUUGGUUUCCUGAGGCAGCCAAAGGUGGCAGGAAAGUCUGAGGCCAGGUUCCAUGGGUAGCCACGUGGAUUCCUGAGCCCAUUCCCCACCUGGGGAGGGUUUCCCGGGACUGACUGGGCUCCCAGCGCAGUGCUAGGUCUGCAUUCCGGGAGCCCACAGCGUGGAGAUGCGGAGGCGAGCAGUGUGAGGCGUGCUCAGUGGAGACUGCAGCCCGGCCGCCUGUCCCCUGGACACUUGGGGAGUUGUUUAGGGAGACCAGGCUGCCAGGGAGGGACCAGGGCAUGGUGAGCACCUGACGAUGUUGGCUCUGGGAUAUGGCAUGUCACCGGCCACCCUGGCUCCGCUGUGCAACCUGGGGGCAGUGCCACCCUCUGUUCCUACGUCCUUCUUGUUUCCCACUGAGACUCCAGGAACAACACAUGGCAGUGUCUGGCCACCCAGAAGGGGUGGGAGUUGAGGGAGGAGGCCUGGGUCCAGCCGAGCCCACUCCCGGGUGGCAUCGGGCCCCUCGCAGGCAGGAAGGCGGCCUCCGGGGUGGGGUGGCAAGUGGGGGCUGUUGGAGGGUCUGCCGAGCCCUGUGGGUGGCUGGAGGCGGACCAGGGCCUGCCCAUGUCACUGAGAGGGAGACAAAGGACGAAGACCUUCCCCAGGGCCAUACAGCCAGGACAGAGGUAGCCAAAGGUGGCAGGUUCCAACUGCUCCCUGGGUAGCCACAUGGUAGCCAUGUGGAUUCCUGAGCCCAUUUCCCACUUGGGGAGGGUUUCCAGGGCUAAAUCCUAAACACACCGUGUUGAAGCCGUGACCACAUCUUCUACGGAGGCAGACAUAACUGAGGGACAAGGAGGCUGCAGGAGGCAGCAGAAGAAGGUAGCAGGCCUCAGUGUGACUGCCCUGGGUCCAAAUCCCAAUGCUCUAAUUCUCUUGCUGUGCAACUUUGGACAAGUUUCCAAGCCUCUCUGAACUUAGUUUCCCCAUCCAUAAUGGGAAAGAUGACUUUCCUCAAGGGGUUAUUGUGAGGAAUGGGAUGUUGGUGGUACUUGGCAUUCAAAUGGCAGCCACUGUAAUGUCCCAAGCUGUCUUCUCACUGGGGAGGGUGGCCACGCUGCAGUCACCUCCUCUGCUAAUCCCCCUGACACCCCAGACUUGGCUUUGAGGGGCAUUACCCACCCACACCCGGGCGUGGCAGCCACUGUGACCUGGGAGGGUCCCUGGGAAGUCCUGCCCUCUGCUCUGGGGCUCCUGCAGGUUCUCCCCACCCCAGAGGAGGGCAGGGACUCUCCUGAGCCAAGGGAGCGCCCGCCACCCUGGCAGUGGACGGGGUGAGCAGACGGGAUUUCUUGGCCUCCAAACCGAGGGCCGGGAGGAGAUACAGGAACAACUCGGACCCUGAGGGAACAGUGACAAGAAAAAGAGUCUGUAUGUAUGCAGCACAGAUGCGACUUAAAACGUAGGUUUGAUAUCGGUCAGUGGAAUCUGCAGACAUGGAGCCCGGGGACCAGAACCGGCGGGUUUGGAUGCUGGGCUUGGGUGAGAACCUGUGAGGCUCCAGGUGGCCGCUCCGAGCUGUCUGUCUGUCUGUCUGUCUUCUUCUUCUUCUUCGGGUCUUAUUGGGCAGAGCUUCCUGUCCUCUCUCACCAGGAUCAUCGAGGCCCCUCCGUCCCUCCCUUUCUGAAGCUGCUCUCCUCAGGCCGGUCCUGCCUGCCCCACUCCAUGCAGCCUCCCUGGUGGCCCCCCCAUGCCUCCGACUCCCCCAGCCUCUCCAGUCCCCAUGUCCACCCUACGCUGUGUACAACCCACAAGGGCCUCCCUGCCGUUCCUGGGAACUCGUCCCCACUCUCCUCUCAGACUGCCCCUUCCUCCUGGGUCCACCUUGCCCACUGGGACAAGAGCACCACGCUGGGCCCUGCCGCCUUCCCUCCCGCUCCCUGGGGCCUGGGCUUACUCUUCCCCAGCACCAGCCCUUGGCCCAGGCUCCUCACUUGCAGUCCCUGGGCCCGUGUCUCCUGGCUUCAGCUGCCUUCUGCCGCAGCAGGCUGGCACAUCCGGCCCUCACCUCCCUGUCCUCCUGGACGGGCCCUCCACAGGCCCCUCCUGUGCAGCCUCCCUCCUCUCCCUGCCCACACAAAUCUGUCAGGCUCCUUCCCGUUCCGUGGCCAUCUGCUCGGAACCCCGUCUCCUGUCGCUGCUGGGGAAACGCGCUCCUCCUUCAACACUCCCCUUGACGCCCCUGUUUCAAACGCUCCUGGUGCCCGGCCGUGGACGCGGGAGGCCCCGCCUUCCACUCCGUGCCCAGCUCCACAUGGGUCCUGCCUUCUCUGGUCUGAAGAGGAUGAGGGCGGGGAUUUUGUCUGGGUGCCCUGAGCCUCUCACAGUGUGUGGCAUGCAGUAGGCGCUCAGUCAUGUCUGUUGGAUGCCUGAAUCUGGUUGGGAGGGUCACUGCAGUGGAUGCUGAGCAGUGUCUGAAAGGGGCACAUUUAGGGCAAAUUGAAGGCAGCCUCAUCCACAGGGAGAAUGAGCCACCCUGAGAAGCACCUUCAGUGUCUCGGACAAGCUCAUAAAUGACAGAUGUGUCAUGGGAUGGGAGAGGACACCUGCACCGGGGGCUAGAACAAAGGUAAAACCACAUCCUCCUGCUGGUGCCCACAGUCCUUGGGGCCCCCUUACUGGGUGGCUCUACCAUGUGCUCAUGUUUUGAUGUUAGUUACGUAUUUGAUGUCCCUGGCAAUGUUCAGGGCACUUGACUUUGGCCCAGUGAGCCCCUCUUGAAGAGGUGGGGUGCUCUGAACAGCUCACAGGGCCCAGCUCCCCAUCCGUGGGAGCAGCUGGACGGCUGCGGAGACCUCGCAGCGGGGUGCAGCGGGGAGCACAGCAGGGGCUUCAGCCCUGGUUUGGGUCACGGUGGAGCCUCCCCCCCACAGUGCCACCGCAGGGUCACAGCUCCAGGCACAGGAGCACUCUCAAUGGGCGCGUCCUAUGGGUGCCAGAGCACAUCUGGCUGGACAGGAAAUCAGUGCAGCGCUGUUCCGCCAGGACAGAGGGCUGGGCCACAAGUCCGUGAGCGGAGGGCAAGGGCAAGAGGGGGCCCGGAGGAAGAGGAAAGCACCCCACGAGCUGCUCUGGGCCACCUCAGAGACUUGGGGAUGCAGAGGUGUGGCAGAACCUGGAAAAGUGGGAGCUUCCUUAUCCCAGCUCUGGGAACUUGGGGUGGGAAUGUCUGAACUUUCCAGAGCCUAAGGAUUUCACUAACAGGCUGCCCAACUUGUGUAUUCACUUGUGCAUACAUCUAGUGCCUAAAUUAGGUGCCAGGAGUGUGCCUCAUACCGGAUACACAAAGGUAAGUCGAAAACCCCAAACCCGGUCUCUGUCCAAAGACGUUCCUCCAAAACAUGAGUCUGCCGAGGCAUCUGGGUGUUUCCCAUCAAGUAGUUUUGCAGUGUCUUGGAGAAGGGGACAGUAGUGGGUCCUGCUGUGAGUGUUAGA